AGUAACACGUCAUUCUACUGCUGGAGCUUCAGGAACUGGUGCUGCCGGCGAGAAGUUACCAUUUGAUUUAUGAUUAUCUGUCCUAAAGCUCGGGAUUCAGUAUAGAUGAGCUGUUUAUAGAUUAUUUAUCGAGGCUGUGAGACUGUGUAGCGGAUUUAACUGAAAGAUAAAAUGGCAACGUUUCAGGAGUUUAUUCAACAGAAUGAGGAUCGUGAUGGGGUGCGAUGCAGCUGGAACCUCUGGCCCUCCAGCAGGUUGGAGGCCACGCGAAUGGUGGUACCAGUAUCCUGCCUUUUCACCCCCCUUAAAGAGCGGCCCAACCUGCCUCCGGUACAGUACGAACCCGUGCUCUGCAGUCGAGCCACCUGCAAAGCCGUGCUCAACCCACUCUGUCAAGUGGACUUCAGAGCUAAGAUUUGGGCGUGCAAUUUCUGCUUCCAGAGAAACCCUUUCCCUCCAUCAUAUGCAGGCAUCUCAGAAGUUAAUCAGCCUGCUGAACUAAUGCCACAGUUCUCCACAAUUGAGUACAUAGUACAGCGUGGUCCUGCAGCUCCACUGGUCUUUCUGUAUGUGGUGGACACAUGUCUAGAGGAGGAGGACCUACAGGCCCUGAGGGAGUCUCUGCAGAUGUCUCUCAGUCUGCUGCCACCAAACGCUUUAGUGGGGCUGAUCACUUUUGGGCGCAUGAUCCAGGUUCAUGAGCUGAGUUGUGAGGGCAUCUCUAAGAGUUACGUCUUCCGCGGGACCAAGGAGCUCACUCCCAAACAGAUACAUGAGAUGCUUGGUCUGAUGAAGCCAACAACUUCAGGACAGCAAGCCCGUCCUCCUGUCCCUCAAGAGGCUGCUGCGUCCUGCAGAUUCCUUCAGCCUGUACAUAAAGUGGAUUUGAAUCUGACUGAUCUACUUGGUGAGCUGCAGAGGGAUCCCUGGCCGGUUCCACAGGGAAAGAGACCCCUUCGCUCCACAGGCAUCGCACUCUCCAUUGCAGUAGCACUGCUAGAGGGUACAUUCCCAAACACUGGAGCUCGCAUGAUGCUUUUCACGGGUGGGCCUCCCACCCAGGGUCCAGGCAUGGUGGUAGGAGAUGAGCUGAAGACUCCAAUCCGCUCAUGGCACGACAUUCAAAAGGACAAUGCCCGUCAUAUGAAGAAGGCUAUCAAAUACCAUGAGGCUCUGGCGAACCGUGCUGCAGUGAAUGGACACAGCAUUGACAUCUAUGCCUGCGCUCUGGACCAGACUGGCUUACUGGAGAUGAAGUGUCUGUCCAAUCUUACAGGAGGACACAUCGUCAUGGGAGACUCCUUCAACACCUCUCUGUUCAAGCAGACAUUCCAGAGAGUCUUCAGUAAAGAUUACAAUGGGGAGUUUCGCAUGGCUUUUGGAGCCAGCUUAGAAGUGAAGACCUCAAGAGAGCUGAAAGUGUCAGGAGCGAUUGGUCCUUGUGUAUCUCUCAACGCUAAGGGACCCAGUGUUUCUGAGAACGAGAUGGGAGUUGGAGGUACCUGCCAGUGGAAGAUCUGUAGUCUCAACCCGUCCACCACCCUCGCUCUGUAUUUCGAAGUGGUGAAUCAGCACAACUCUCCCAUCCCUCAGGGAGGCAGAGGAGCCAUCCAGUUUGUAACACAAUACCAGCACUCCAACACACAGAGGAGGAUCCGUGUUACCACCAUCGCAAGAAACUGGGCAGAUGCACAGUCCCAAAUUCAGCACAUCGAGGCGUCGUUUGAUCAGGAGGCGGCCGCUGUACUCAUGGCUAGGCUGGGCGUGUUUAGGGCGGAGUCAGAGGAAGGCCCCGAUGUUCUCCGCUGGCUUGACAGGCAGCUCAUUCGCCUGUGCCAGAAAUUUGGACAGUACAAUAAAGAGGACCCAAAUUCCUUCAGGCUGUCAGAAUCACUGUCUCUCUACCCUCAGUUCAUGUUCCACUUGAGGAGGUCCCCAUUCCUGCAGGUGUUUAAUAACAGUCCAGACGAGUCGUCCUACUACAGACACCAGUUUGUGCGGCAAGACCUGACGCAGUCACUGAUCAUGAUCCAGCCCAUCCUCUACUCCUACUCCUUCCACGGCCCACCUGAGCCUGUUCUUCUGGACAGCAGCAGCAUCCUUCCAGAUCAUAUUCUGCUGAUGGACACUUUCUUCCAGCUGGUCAUCUAUCACGGAGAGACCAUUGCUCAGUGGCGAAAAGCAGGAUACCAGGAGAUGCCAGAGUAUGAGAACUUCCGCCAGCUGCUGCAAGCUCCCGUAGACGACGCUCAGGAGAUCCUGCAGACGCGCUUCCCCAUGCCUCGCUACAUCGACACAGAGCACGGUGGCUCACAGGCUCGCUUCCUGCUUUCCAAAGUCAACCCCUCCCAAACACACAACAACCUCUACGCCUGGGGACAGGAGGCUGGAGCUCCCAUUCUCACAGACGAUGUCAGUCUCCAGGUCUUCAUGGAUCAUCUAAAGAAACUGGCUGUUUCCAGCUCAGCGUAAAACAUUCCUGAGGAAAGGACAAUUAAAUAACUGUGAUCCUUCACUGCAGGAGGAAAUUAACAUUUACAUUUCAGCCUUUACCCUUCACACCUUAUGAAGUAUUUUCAUCAGAGAUUGUGAUAUGACAUUCCUUCAUCCGUUCUUAAAUGCACAUAAUUAUAAUAAUAAUAAUUUUAAAGACUUUUGUCAAAAAGACUCUUCUGUCCAGCUGACCACUAGUUUUGAUGCUAUUAUUUUCUGUUAGACAUUUUUGAGCUGUAUCUGACUACUGUAUAACAUGACUUCCUGUUUCCUGAUUAUACUGACCCAGUUUCAAUGAACUUUAACCAUGUUUUCCAAGAUACAUGAGUAGUAUGUAAAUGUGCACGCUGUAUCCAAAUCCAGGUUGCUCUGCACAUAGAUGGGAAAUGCAGGUCAAUUACAAAAAAGUUAGGAAGAUGUAUCAAAUAAUUUUACUAAUGCUUUCAAACUCUAUAUCACAAGUGCAUGUUCAAACUUGGGAAUAUUUGAACAUUUUUUUUUCUUUAAUAAUGGGAUAUUAUGUGAUUUUUGUUAUUUUUCUGACCUUUAAAGUGUCCAUUUUAAGUUUGUGCUCAUAGAACCAGACUGUGCAUCACAAUAAUAAUUUAUUUACAGCGUACAUUGUGUUCUGCACCCUUUCAGCCCUUUCAGUGUUGUUGUUUUUGCCUGUGUUUUAUUUCCAUGAUUUAAUAAAACCUCGGGUCACUUGGCUGUGCUCCACAUCUCCUCUUUAAAGGGAUGUUUGAUGGAGUGAAAACACUGUUCUGAUGAAGAAGUUUGAUGCAGGCUUCUCCAUGGUCUCUAGUUUUAUCUCAUUAUGCAUUGCAACAUUCUGAUGAACGUUCUCGAUAUAAACGUUGGUAUAACUGGAUGAAUGCUCAUGACAAGGAUUUUAAAUAUUGUUAAUGUAUAGAUUUACAUUCCAGAUGUAACUUUAACUGUAAUUGUGAAUCUUGUAUAUAAAUAUUAUUACAAUAACA